AUGGAUCCAAGGCUCUACAAAUCUGCAAAAUCAGGCGAUGUUUGCUUCCUUAAACAACUUCUUAACGAUGAUCCAAUGCUACUAUAUCAACUUACACCCCGAGAAAACACUGCCCUCCAUAUCGCCGUGCAAUUUGGACACAACAAUGUUACAGAUGAGAUUUAUAGCAGAUGCAGGUCCCUUCUCACAGAUGGAGAUACUCCUUUACAUGUCGCUGCAAGGGUUGGCCGCUUCUCGAUUGUCACUUAUCUGGUAAGAGAAACCAUGUCCAUGUCACAAGUAGAGUUCAGGAACGUCAGCAGCAGCAGCAUGUUUGACACUCUGGGAGUCAGAAAUAGGGGGAACGACAAGGUUUUACACGAAGCUGUGAGGAAUGGUCACAACAAGGUGGCUGAGUUUCUACUUAAGAUUGACCCCAAAUUGGCCUGUUUUGAAAAUGAGGCAGGUGAGUCUCCAUUGUACCUGGCUGCAAGAGCGGGAUUGUUAGAUAUUCUGAAUCAAAUUUUACAAUCAUGUCCUUCAUCAGCUCAUGGUGGUUCGGAUGGCCAAACAGCUCUGCAUGCUGCUGUGGUUGAGAGGCAUUUUGGUAGGUCAUACUUUAGCACAGUUAUAUAUAUGUUUGAGCUAUGGUUUAAUUAUGCAGUUGCCCUUAGCAACUACAAUUAUAUCAAUUUCCUUGCAAAUUCUAUAUUGGGCUUUCACUACAGAGAGACACCUCUGGCUGUUGAAUUUGCAUAAAUAAUUAAGAGUCUAGCUAGUUCCUCUUUAAUUUA